UUAAUCUGUGGGCGAACACAGAAUACAAAAUCAAGCAAGACGCCAUUUUGAUUUUGUGUUUUGUGUCGUUUGCUGCUUGUCGUGCAUGAAAAUUAAAUUGAAAUUUUAAUUUCUAUUUUAGAUUUACUGAUAACUAUAAAACAUGGGUGAAGAUAAACCCGACCGCCGUCGUAGAUCUCGUUCCAGGGGAGCCGGCGCAGAGAGACGCCGCUCCCGGUCGCGCUCGCCGCGCGAGGGCGGUCGCGAGGGCCGCGAGGGCCGGGAGGGCCGCGAGCGCCGGGAGAAGCCCGCGCGCAGGAGCAAGUCCAAGUCGCCCACGUCCAAGCGCUCGCGGCGCCGCAAGCCGUCGCUGUACUGGGACGUGCCGCCGCCCGGCUUCGAGCACAUCACGCCGCUGCAGUACAAGGCCAUGCAGGCCGCGGGGCAGAUCCCCGCCAACAUCGUGGCCGACACGCCGCAGGCCGCCGUGCCCGUGGUCGGCUCCACCAUCACGCGCCAGGCGCGCCGCCUCUACGUGGGCAACAUCCCCUUCGGCGUCACCGAGGAGGAGACCAUGGAGUUCUUCAACCAACAGAUGCACCUCUCCGGCCUGGCGCAAGCCGCCGGCAACCCCGUGCUUGCCUGUCAGAUCAAUCUGGACAAAAACUUUGCAUUCCUGGAAUUUAGAUCAAUUGAUGAAACCACACAAGCCAUGGCAUUUGAUGGAAUCAACUUUAAAGGACAGAGCUUGAAGAUCCGGCGGCCACAUGACUACCAGCCCAUGCCGGGCACAGAGAACCCGGCCAUUAAUGUACCCGCUGGUGUGAUAAGCACAGUGGUGCCAGACUCCCCACAUAAAAUAUUUAUAGGUGGUUUACCGAACUACCUGAACGAGGACCAGGUGAAGGAACUUCUGAUGUCGUUUGGACAACUGCGCGCCUUCAAUCUGGUGAAGGACUCGGCCACGGGGCUCAGCAAGGGAUAUGCGUUUGCUGAAUAUGUAGACAUCACCAUGACGGAUCAGGCCAUCGCGGGGCUGAACGGCAUGCAGCUCGGGGACAAGAAGCUCAUCGUGCAGCGCGCCUCCAUCGGCGCCAAGAACUCCACGCUCGCGAUGACGGGCGCGGCGCCGGUGCAGCUGCAGGUGGCGGGGCUGACGCUGGCGGGCGCGGGCCCGGCCACGGACGUGCUGUGCCUGCUCAACAUGGUCACCGCCGACGAGCUGCGCGACGAGGAGGAGUACGAGGACAUCCUCGAGGACAUCAAGGAGGAGUGCAACAAGUACGGCUGCGUGCGGAGCAUCGAGAUCCCGCGGCCCAUCGAGGGCGUGGAGGUGCCGGGCUGCGGGAAGGUGUUCGUGGAGUUCAACAGCAUCGCGGACUGCCAGAAGGCGCAGCAGACGCUCACGGGCCGCAAGUUCAGCAACCGCGUCGUGGUCACCUCGUACUUCGACCCCGACAAGUACCACCGCCGCGAGUUCUAGUCGCCCCCUCCCCCACUACCCCCUCGGCACCCACCACCCCCGCCCCCAGUAACACUGACAUAAGUACUGAGGGCCUAUUGGGAGCUUUAUGUCACGGUUCAAGCAGUGCGUGUGUGCCGCUAGGUGGAGCGUCUCUCGCGUCAUACGAAAUUGCGUUUACUUUUCUCCGCUCGAAUGGUGUAAAAGCUCCCAAUAGGUCCUCUAAAGUAAUUCAGGUCAAAGCGAUUUCUCUUUCGUGCUUGGUAACGAACCGACGAUGUCACUGACUAUCCUGCGACUGCGAUAUCGCUUGGGCAUGAAUUGGUCUUGAGCUUGACCGAGCUCUUUGAUUCUGUCCGCCGGUGCAAGGACUCACCGGCCACACUCGUAAAGCCGCUCUCGGCUUUUAGUACAAUCUUUUAAGUGACAUUUUAUCGUAUACCUAUUCAUUCUAUAAAUUAAAAACAUGAAAUAAAAGUAAUUGUAUCGAUA